AUCGAAGUGAUGCAUUAUGGGAAGGAUCGUUCCCUCGGGCUGAUGAGAAGGACGAGGACGAAGAAGAUGAGGAGCUAAAUGUUGCUAGAGCCACUGAAGAAGAUGAGGGGAGCCCUGUAAUGAAGAAGAGGAGAGAGGAGACACUACAGCCUCUACAAGCCUGCUCCUCCUCACUUUCUCUGUCUGCCUCUGUAUCUUCCACUUCUCCUCAGCCAAGCCCUCCUCUUGACCUUCCCGUUUGUGCCAAGAACAUUUCACUGACAGCAAGUGGAGAGAAGGUGAUUCUGUGGACAAGAGAAGCUGACCGAGUGAUACUGAUGAUGUGUCAACAAGAAGGUGCCAAUCAGAACACGUUUCAGAUCAUCUCCAGUCUGCUCAGCAACAAGACGCCCAGUGAGGUGUCUCACAGGUUUCGAGAUUUGAUGAGACUGUUUCGGACGGCAGCUCGUCACACCAGCUCAGAGGAUGAAGCUCCGCCCACUGAGCCAGCUGCAGCCAAUGACACAGAAGACUGACCAAUCAGAAAAAAUUAUAUGGACAAUCGGUAGAUGACAGAUAUGUUCACUGUGUGAAAUAAAUGUAAAUUGUUUUAUUGUAA